AUGCAUGCGGGUGCACCUAUUUUUUCUUCAAAAGCGACACGUACACCAUGCGUUGGAGAACGGGAACGUGGUUUCGAUCGUGACAAGGCUGUUGAUGCGAUAAACACAUUCAGGAAGGAACUUGUAAAUGGAAAAUUUCGGACCAAAAACGCCAAAUUUCCAAAGGGUAGAGAGAUGUAUAAAAUGAGAUGGAAUUGUUCUUUAGAAAAUAUGGCUUGGGAAAAAGUUUCUGAAUGUAGUUAUGGUUCAUCAGACGAUGAAGAAGUCGGAGAAGCUACCCACUUUGUAUUUCGACCUGCAAACAGCGGUUUUAAACCCUUGGCUGAACCGAUACAUGAAGCACUAAAGGUAUGGGUGAAAAGAGUAGAAGACGAUUUCGAGGAUAAUAGUCUGUCAACGUGCGAAUUUUUGGGCACAUAUGACGAAUUCAUACAGGUUGCAUCUGGAUUAACUACAGAUAUUGGCUGCGCAAUGAAUCCUUUGUGCAGUUUUCCGGAUAAUAAUAAUAAUGAUGAUGAAAUUGAAGAAACUGAAGAUUUUUCUGAAAAGAAAAAGAUUAGGGAACAAAGGCAUAUCCAUGGAGAAUCAUUCAAGAAAUUAUAUGUAAAGGGAAAGCGAUGUCAUAAAGGUCGGAAAUGCGCCAAAAACGGUUCAUUUUGCAAUAGCGAUAAACUCUGUGAAUUCGAAUCGCCUGGGUAUUAUACACAGUGCUGUGAGAAAUAA